AUGUCACUCAACGACACAACCUCACCCGCCGGAUACAUCGACCUCUUAUCUCAAAUUAAUCCACAGUCAUUAACAGGCUUUGAUCCGAAUAUUGGAUCCAGCCAGGCCCAGAUGUUUCAUUUGCGGGACCCAAUGGCUAGUAGCAAACUGAUGUCGAAUACAUGCCUUCAUUCUCUUCUCGAAAAUGAUCGGCUGGCAUGCAAAGACUCUGACACGAGUUUAGUUGCCCAACUCAAACGGCAACUCACAGAAUCACAGCACGCUGUCGCCAGUCUGCAGGCUGAUAGACUCAGGCUGAUCAACGAAAAUGCUGGCCUCAAUUCCACUUGCCAAGCUUUACAGAAUGUUAUUGUCAAUAUCCGUGGUUCCAUGAGCUCUGUAGCAUCGACAUCAUCAUCUCUAUCCGCAUGUGACACCUCGAACAUCAUUUCCAACAAUCAAAAACCUUUGUUAGUGGGCGAGAUAGUCGCUGAAGAAUGUGAUCGAGAACUUGAUCGGAAGGACUAUCCGUCAAUUCGAUCAUGGAUGAAGAAGGAAUGGCAGGACGAGAAAGGCGAGCCUGUUUUGGCUGAUUGUGCAAAGAGCAUCCGCAAUCAUAUGCUCUCAAGCUUCCGGCAACUUCAAUCCCAAGGCCUCGCACCGGUGUCUAUUGGCCAAGCCUCGUUGCAAGUCUUACGACCCGUUCCACCCAAACUUCCUCCGACUUCUAUCGAUUCCUCAACUUCUAUCGUCUCCUCAAGUUCUGAAUCCAACCCGGCUGUAGUCCUGCCCUCACACAUCAUCACACCAGUAUCCAUGACCGACAUCUCAUCGAGCUCGAAUUCGACUUCACUUGCCAAUCUGGCUUCACUCGCUGUGAAAAUGGAACUCGUCAAUGCUAACACGAUCGACUCGAAGGCUGAUGCCAUCAAGAAGCGACAGCCGAGUACCAAGCCGAUGCGUGUGAGCCCCAAGAUCACGGCGUGGAAUCUUUGCGCCCUCGAGUGGCAGUCAAACGGCCAUCAAAAGGAACCAGCCAGUGUCUUCGCUACUUACUGGAAUAGGUUGUCUACAGCUGACAAAGAGUUAUACAAGCGCAAAGCAGCUGUUCAGCUGUCUGCCCCAGGACUGGCUCAAGCAGACGACAACCAGGAUGAAUAG